AAUUGUCAUUACAGUGUCAGUUGUCAAACUUGUAAAAAUAAAAGUCGUGUAACGGAUUUCAUAUGUUUAAAAAUUUAUCGAUAUAAAUUCCAAUAGAAAUAUCUAAUAAUUUUGCAACUGAAACGAAAAACAACUUUAACAUUUCAUGAUGGACACCAAAACGCAAAGUAAUGGUAAAAAUCGUUUUCUAAAGUUAUCAUUGAAGAAAAAUAAUGCAAACUAUAUGAACGCUGCCAGGAAACUAAACCGAAGCUCAGAUAUUAUCAUUCUUGACGAAUCAUUUGAUAGGUUACAAAUGGAUUUCAAAAAUAAUAUAUCACCAAAGAAGAAAUAUUCUCCGAUUUUUAUAAAUGACUCUUGUGAUCUGUUUGAUGAAGAACUACCUAAAAUAGAGCUAAAGACUGAACCAAGCAAGACAGGAAAUAUUUUAAAUUCAACACAAGAAGAAAUGUCAACACCAUUGAAAGAAUCAAGACCUAGUUUUGAUGGUUGGUCACCAGGACAGAAUAUUGUAUGUGCUACUCCAAAACAAGAAACAGUACCAUCAACUCCGAAAGAUAUUGCUAAUGAGUCUUUAGAAGAGUGUUCUAUAAAAAAAAUUCAACAAUCACAAAAGAAAUUACUUGAUGAUUUAUAUGGUGAUGCAUGGAAAAGCAUUCCAUCACUUCUCAAGACGUUAAAAAAAGAAAAACACAAUAUCAUACCAAAAAAACUAUUUGAUGAUGAUGCUGAUAAUAUCAUAAGUGAAAAAGCAAGUACUCGUAAGGAAUUAAAACAAAAUAAGUUACUAUAUUUAACAGAUUCCGAGAAAAAGGUUAACAAAGAAUUAAAUAAUACAGAUAAGAAAGGUAAAAAGAAAUUGUACACAGAAGUUAUUCCGAGUACACCGGAACCUAAAGCAAAGAAAAAAGAAAAAAAUGUAAAUUCUACUACAAAAAAAUUAAAAGGUUUAUCAGUGACGGAAUUAGUGCAAGUGAUGAAUAUGGAUGUUGACAAUUUGACGAAGAAAGUUGAAAAUAUAAGUGUAACUAAGAAAGUUGAAAAUGUCUGUACACCGUCAAAAGAAUUGACAGUUAAUAGACUAAGUUUCCUUGCAUCUUUAGCAGACAAUGUGCCAUCAUGGAGAUGUCAUCCGGAAGCUAUACAAUAUCGGGACAAUUACAAGACAUUACGUGAACAACUCACUCGGAGACUAUUUCUUGACUUCAAUAAAAUCGUAUUUGACAAUGUUUUGGACGCUGAUCUACCAAUCAUAUGGGAUACUAAGCUUAGGAGUACUGCGGGUACAACAACAAACAGACUAUUGAAGACUGCACGAGGUGAUCGUAUCCGCACAUCCAGCGUCAAGUUGUCCAUCAAAGUGGUGGACAGUCCGCAGCGGCUGCGAGACACGUUGGUGCACGAGCUGUGCCACGCUGCCACAUGGCUCAUUGAUGGGGAACUGCGAGCUGGUCAUGGACCACUCUGGAAGAAAUGGGCGACGCGAGCUUUGAAGGUGUUACCCGAGCUGGGAGAGAUAUCGCGCUGUCACGAUAUGGAGAUAUACUUUAAGUAUUGUUAUAAAUGUACUAAAUGUGGAUACAGCAUAAAACGUCACUCGAAAUCAAUUGACGUGACGAAGAAAUGUUGCGGUUACUGUCACGGUGCUUUUGAGAUUAUUGUCAAUAGAAAAAACAAAGAUGGCGUAGUCGUUUCAACUCCUGCAAGAAAAGCUGGUCCUAACGGCUUCGCUUUAUAUGUUAAAGAAAAUUACGGGACUUUAAAAGAUGGAACAAAAUCACAUGCAGAAGUUAUGAAAUUAUUAGGUGAACAAUUCUCAGCAAAGAAAAAGAAUAACGAAGAUUUUGAUAUUUGACAGUAAAUUAGGGUAUUUGAAAUAGUUAUUGACCUGUGAUUUUGCAGAUUUAACCCAAUUGGGGCAGGUACCCUUGGAAGUACCACAAAUUAUGAAUUGUAGGAACAUUUUGAUGUCCCGA